UUCCGCUGCCCUGAAGUGGUCCAACACUUGGCCACGUCCUUCAUCAUGUAGCUGCUGUUAAGGAGCACGUUUCUCUCAACUGCUCAUCGUGUGGCAAAUCAGAGAAACGUGGCUUUGAUGGGAAGCCACGUUUUCUUUGUAUUUUAAAUAUCGGUCUUGGUCCCGAGCUCCUCUCUCAUGCUGCUGAAAAUCUUCAGAAACUACACCAUCCAUAAGGAGAGAUAGAGUUUUGGAAACCAAAGACUUGCAACCCAACAAUGGCUGGAGUUUUACCUAGCAUAUCUGAUAUUCGUUGUGAGGUUCCCGAACUUAGAGGAGAUAACUUUAAGAUAUGGAAGGAGAGAAUUCUUCUUCAAUUAGGGUGCAUGGACAUAGAUUAUGCUAUAAGGAAAGAUGAACCGCAUAAGAUCACAGAUACCAGCACACCUGAACAAAUUUUAUUGUACGAACGCUGGGAGAAAUCUAAUCGCCUUAGCGUGAUGUACAUUAAGACAAAAAUCAGUGCUGGUAUACGUGGUUCAAUCGAGCAACAUGAGAAUGUCCGUGAAUUGCUAAAGGCUAUUGACGAGCAAUUCGUCACUUCAGAUAAAGCCUUGGCAAGCACCCUAAUUAUGAAGUUCACAUCCCUGAAGCUCACCGGUGUAAGAGGUGUGCGUGAACAUAUCAUGGAGAUGGGGGACAUUGUGGCUCAAUUGAAGAAACUCGAGGUAGAAAUGUCUGAAUCUUUCUUGGUGCACUUUAUUCUUAACACUCUUCCACCUCAGUAUGGACCUUUCAAAAUCUCUUACAACACACAUAAGGAUAAGUGGUCUAUCAAUGAAUUGAUGACCAUGUGUGUUCAAGAGGAAGGAAGGUUAUUGAUGGAACAAGGAGAAAGUGUCAUGCUGGUGACGCAAAGGAAAGGAAAGAAAGGAAAAUCUCAAGCUAGUCAGAAAGGGAAGCAACAAAUUCCUCCCAAAUCUGACAUUAAGAAAGACGAAAAGUGUUUUUUCUGUAAAAAGAAAGGACACGUGAAGAAGAAAUGUCUGAAAUUUCAGAAUUGGCUUGAGAAGAAAGGGUAUGCAAAACCUAAGGAAGCCAGUGACAAGUGAGCAAUUCAUCUUAUCCGGAAACAAGAUGGGCUCGCAUGUGGAAGCAAUAGGGAUAUGUUAUUUAACUUUAAAUAGUGGUUUUGUUUUAGAAUUGCAAAAGACUUUUUAUGUACCAAGUUUCUCACGAAACUUGAUUUCAGUUUCUAGACUUGUACCGUUUGGAUAUUCCUUUCAUUUUUCAGAAACAUCUUUCAGUUUGAUUUAUAAAUCUGAAUGUGUUGGGAAUGGUAUCUUGUCUGAUGGUCUUUAUUGUAUAUUCUUACAAAAUGAUACUGCUCAUAAUUCAUUGCAUGUCCAAACUGGCAUUAAGAGAUGUGUUGUAAAAGAGGAUUCCUCUACAUUGUGGCACCGGAGAUUAGGUCAUAUCUCCAUAGAUAGAAUCAAAAGAUUGGUGAAUGAUGGGGUACUUAGUACUCUAGAUUUUACUGACUUUGAGACUUGUGUGGACUGCAUUAAGGGUAAGCAGACCAAUAAGUCAAAGAGAAGUGCUACUAGGAGUUCCACCAUACUAGAGAUCAUACAUACUGAUAUAUGUAGUCUUGACAUGGACUCUCAUGGUCAGAAAUACUUCAUCUCUUUCAUAGAUGAUUUCUCACGAUACAUGUAUCUCUACAUACUUCAUAAUAAAAAUGAAGCUUUAGAUGCCUUUAAAGUCUUCAAGGCAGAAGUAGAGAAACAAUAUGGUAAACAAAUUAAGAUUGUGAGAUCAGAUAGAGGUGGAGAAUAUUAUGGUAGAUACUUGGAAGAUGGACAAUCACCUGGGCCAUUUGCGAAGUUUCUUCAAGAGCAUGGGAUUGUUGCCCAAUACACCAUGCCUGGUUCUCCAGACCAAAAUGGUGUAGCAGAAAGAAGAAACCGAACUUUAUUGGACAUGGUGAGGAGUAUGCUUAGCAGCUCAAAACUUCCUAAAUUCUUGUGGACUGAAGCACUUAAGACAGCUGUGUAUAUAUUAAACCGAGUUCCAACCAAGGUUGUCCCAAAGACGCCAUUUGAGUUAUUGAAAGGUUGGAAACCGAGUUUGCGACAUAUGCGCGUUUGGGGAUGCUCGUCUGAAGUGAGAAUUUAUAAUCCACAGGAGAAGAAACUGGACCCAAGGACUAUUAGUGGGUAUUUCAUUGGAUAUGCUGAAAAGUCUAAGGGGUACAGA